AUAUAUUAUAUAUAUAUAAUAUAUACAUACGAAAAUAUGCCGGAAGAGCAAAAGGUCACUGGUGCUCCGACGGAAGCAAUGGCGGAAAAUGGAACCGGAACAAACUCGCCUACCAAGAGUCCGGUUAGCAAAGGAAAAAUGACUCUUGCCAAAAUUACCCUUCUAGAUGGUACUAUACGAGAUUUCUACAUCGAUAGAAAGGCGAGAGGGCAAGAACUUCUCGAUAUGGUUUGUCAAAGCAUGAAUUUGCUGGAAAAAGAUUAUUUUGGUCUUAUCUAUGAAGACCGACAUGAUUCUCGCAAUUGGUUGGAUCUUUAUAAAAGAAUCAUAAAAUUUAUAAAAACUGAACCAUGGAAGUUCAAUUUUGAAGUGAAAUUUUAUCCACCGGAUCCAGCCCAAUUGCAAGAAGAUAUUACGCGUUAUCAACUAUGUCUACAGAUCAGAAACGAUAUUAUUACAGGUCGUCUACUUUGUUCUUUUGUGACACAUGCUCUCUUAGGCUCCUAUCUGGUUCAGUCAGAAAUUGGAGAUUAUGAUCCUGAGGAACAUGGAAGGUCAUAUUUGAAAGACUUUAAAUUUGCACCUAACCAAACACCCGAAUUAAUCGAAAAAGUCAUGGAUCUUCAUAAAACACAUAAGGGUCAAACACCCGCUGAAGCAGAGCUGCAUUAUCUCGAAAAUGCGAAAAAAUUAGCUAUGUAUGGCGUAGAUCUUCAUCCUGCAAAAGAUUCGGAAGGGGUUGAUAUCAUGUUAGGAGUAUGCGCUUCAGGCCUUCUGGUUUAUAGAGAUUGUUUAAGAAUUAAUAGAUUCGCCUGGCCAAAGAUAUUAAAAAUAUCUUACAAAAGGCAUAAUUUCUAUAUUAAAAUUAGACCAGGUGACUUUGAACAAUUCGAAUCUACAAUUGGAUUCAAAUUGGCAAAUCAUAGAGCAGAAAAAUUAUGGAAAGUGUGCGUGGAGCAUCAUACUUUCUUCAGACUUAUGAGUCCAGAACCUGUGAAGAAAGUGGUAAUUCCAUAUUUGGGAUCUCGUUUCCGAUAUUCUGGCAGAACUCAUUACGAAAAGAAGAAAACUCCUAUUGAUAGACAACCUCCUCAAUUCGAGAGAUCUUUAAGUGGCCGACGACUCGCAUCUAGAAGCAUGGAUGCAUUAGGUGGGCCUAAAUCAGUUGAAACGUAUGGUUCCGAACCAAGCAAACGGCAUACUAUGAGUUAUGAGCCUGAGACGCUUCCUGAUGAUAUAGAGCAUAUAGACCGACGGCCUAGCCCUAUCAAGAAACAAAAAGAAAAGGAUCACGACGAUGACGUGACGUGGGUAUCCGGUCCGUUUAGGGUGUUUUAUUAGCGUGAGUCCCUUUAACUCU